AACCUCUCAUUCACUACGGAUUUGUCGCGUAAUCUCAGCCUCCCUUCACUUAUUUUUUUAUGCCUUUGCGAAUAUACAGAAAUCUCUCUCAGAUCUGCUGCGUGCGUUAAGUUUUUUAAUUAACAGGUUCACGGAUAAGCUUCCUUCGGUAAACUUUUAGUUUUUUUUUCUUUUUUGUGCACAACCUACCUGAGUUGUGUUCCGUCUCUGCACGCCUUCACUCCUCUCCACCAUGGAUUUGGUUUGGAUUGUGGGCUUCGUUGGGAGCGUCUGCGCCUGGUUUGCUUCAGCGGAGCGGCACAGUGUCUACUGGAACAGCACAAACCCAAAGUUUCAGCGGGACGACUAUGCUGUGGAGGUGAAGCUUAAUGACUACCUAGACAUCGUCUGCCCCCAUUACCCGCAGGGUGAGGUGCCAUCGCUGGAUGCAGAGCGAUACGUGCUCUACAUGGUGGAGCGGGAUGACUACGACACCUGCAAGCCGCAGUCGUAUGACCAGAUGCGCUGGGAGUGCGGUCAUCCAUUUGCCCCUCACGCUCCUGAGAAGUUCUCUGAAAAAUUCCAGCGUUUUACUCCUUUCACCCUGGGAAAGGAGUUUCGCCAAGGAGAGAGCUACUACUAUAUCUCCAAACCUUUGCACCACCAUGGCCAAGAGUGCCUGAGGCUGAGGGUGGACGUCAUAGCCGCAGAUGGCUCUCAAGAGGCCAGAGUGGCUAAAGGGGGCACAGGUGGGACUGCAGUUGGAGCCGGUGGCGGGGUUCACAACCCAUCCAACAGGCUGCCUGCAGCAGAUGACCCGGUGGUUAUCCUGCCAGAUGUUCAGAAGAGUGUACGGACAAACUCCGCAGCGGCAGCUACAUCCCUCUCAAUCUUCUCAGUGCUAGUCCCAUUUUCGUUACUGUUUUUGUUGCACUGAGAAUACAUAAAAAGGAUUUCUGUUGGCAGACUUUUUUUUGUUUUUGGGGGGGGAUUUUUUUGUUUUUUUUCAGAGACUACAAUGAAGACAGUCCGUGGGGUUGAAAACCACUGACUUAAAAAAAAAAAAACCCAUGCCCAGUGCUGGCCACAGGGAGAGACUUUUGAAGCGUGCAGAGUACAGAUGGACUCGCUUGCACAACAUGUGCUGAGCAACUUUGAGCAUUUGAGACAAGUACUUGUACUUUGUCUUAUUUUUUUUUUUUUUUGUCCAAUAGAUGACAGUAUUUUUCUGGAAA